UUCGUUGUGCUCUCUAAUCUGCCGGUCACACAAAACCCUAGCCUCCUUUUCUCCUUAGAGUACUUCUCUGCUCUUCCGCCAUGUCACUGCAAGAGGCUCUCUAUCUCCGCGGCACCAUGCGUGCCCACACCGACAUGGUGACGGCGAUUGCCACUCCUAUUGACAACUCUGAUAUGAUUGUCACCGCCUCCCGUGACAAGUCCAUCAUUCUAUGGAACCUCACCAAGGAAGAGAAGACCUAUGGUGUUCCCAAACGUCGCCUCACAGGGCACUCACACUUCGUUCAGGAUGUUGUUUUAUCGUCCGACGGCCAAUUCGCGCUGUCCGGUUCCUGGGACGGCGAGCUCCGCCUCUGGGACCUUGCUGCUGGAACCUCCGCCCGUCGAUUCGUUGGCCACACCAAAGAUGUCCUGUCCGUUGCUUUCUCGAUCGAUAACCGUCAGAUCGUUUCGGCAUCCAGGGACAAAACUAUCAAGCUAUGGAACACACUUGGUGAGUGCAAGUACACCAUUCAGGACGGAGAUGCUCACUCUGAGUGGGUCAGCUGUGUGAGGUUCAGCCCUAGUAACCUCCAGCCUACUAUUGUAUCGGCCUCGUGGGACCGGACCGUGAAGGUCUGGAACCUCAGCAAUUGCAAGCUCAGGAACACCUUGAGUGGUCACUCUGGGUACGUGAACACUGUUGCCGUGUCCCCUGAUGGAUCUCUCUGCGCUAGUGGAGGAAAAGAUAUGACUAUUCUUCUGUGGGAUUUGGCGGAAGGUAAAAAGCUGUACUCACUUGAUGCCGGUGCAGUGAUCAACGCUCUCUGCUUCAGCCCCAACAGGUACUGGCUCUGUGCUGCAACUGAGCAGAGCAUCAAGAUCUGGGAUCUGGAGAGCAAGAGUAUUGUUGAGGACUUAAAGGUCGAUCUCAAGACGGAAGCAGAGAAAUCUGAAGAUAACACCGCUACCUCCAACAAGAAGGUAAUAUACUGCACAAGCUUGAGCUGGAGUGCAGAUGGAAGUACAUUGUUUAGUGGUUAUACUGAUGGUGUAGUCAGGGUUUGGGGUGUUGGCCGCUACUAGAAAUAAAUAUUGAGGAGUUACCAAAAUCCGGUUCUUUUUGUUUUUACAAGAACAGUUGCUUUAUUUCGUGGUAGUUUGGAAACGUAUUUGAUUUUGAAUGUUGGAGCUUUGAAUUCCAAUUAAGUUGGAUAUUUAGAUGGCUUUGAGGCCAGUGCUAUCUUGUUUGGAUAUGUUAUUUAGGUGUUUUGAUUUGAAAAUGCUAUUGGAUAAUUUUUCUUUUUCGUUUUCCUGUUAUGAAUUUUAUGUGUUACUACAUUGAUAGUAAUAUCAUUUGUUGAGUCCAGUCAUUACACGGUCUAUGUCCUGUUCCAUGUCAAAUGCCAAUGGAAUAUAAUGUCUUAGUUGAGGCA